AUGGCCGACGAUCAGAAUUUCUCUUCGUUCAAUGAGGACGAGUGGAAGGCGCAAGAGGCCACCGAUCAGCGCGAGAUUGCGCGCCUCUUGGAGCAGAGCCAAGAUGGUUCUAGCGGGGUUUUGAAACUAGACGACACUCCCUUUGAUCAAACGAACAAAGCCGACGAUGCGGAAGACUUCGAGGACAUUAGCGAUGAUGAUCUACCCGACGAGGAGCCCACCGCUGGUGGCUCGCUCGAGAUCCCAUCCCUAACCGAUGAUGGUGGCACCAGUAACGAUGCCGAUGAUCUUUUUGGCGAAGGGCCGUCUUCGCCUACUGAUCCCGUUGGAGACCACCCAUCUCCAAGACCACGCGUGCACGAUACCGAAGCCGGUGACGAAACUCAACAAACGGAUACAGGGCUGAGCUUCUCUGGCAUGAACUUUGAUCCCGAUCCGCAUAUGUAUGGCGCCGCCAAUCAAGACCCCGAUAUCCCUGCGCCUGCCGAAACCGUCGAGGACUUGCUCAAGGAGAUGUGGCCAGCAUUCAAGAAGGGGCGUACUCUCGUUUGGAGUGAACUACUGCCGCCUAAAAGAGCAACAUGGAAGGGAAAAAAGCCCGUUAGGAAACCGAAGCAUCUCGUCACAAGCAAGCUGAGUCUUGACCUUGCGCCAGAUGACGAAAAGCAAUUUCGCAUCCCAGGACCAGCAAUAACAGGGUCUCUUAAGCAGAGGAUUAGCGCGUACGAUUCUAAGCGACUAGUGCUUUGCGACAAGGACGCCGCGGAAAAUGAAGACGAAAUCGUUCAGUUCGAUAUCGAUCAAGAAUCCGACGGUGAGCCCGUCAUGGGUUACACGAUGCGCGAUAUUGAACUCGCGUGCCAAGAUUGGGGCAAAGAUAUCGAGACGAUUCAAGAAGAAUUUGAAACCCGUCUGGCUGCCGAGCUCAAAGAAAGUAACAAGAUCAGGCAUGCGAAUGCCGACCAAGACGACGAAUGGGACGCGGAGUUCUUGCAAGAUUUUGGGGAAGACACAAAAAGUCGGCCAAAGAAACGCAAGUUUGUUCCUUCUGGGCUUCCCGAGAUACCCCGCUACACCGCGCCAUCCUUUGAUAACUUUGAAGAAAGUACAAAGCGUGGUGCUAAGCGCGUUCACUUGGAUAUUAGCGACCCUCACCUGUUGAUUGAAUCAGACUCGCAAGUCAACCCCAAACGUAUUCGUCAAGAGGACAAGAGCAAACAGACUGGCGCUGGACGCUUGGGACGCACUAUGGCACAGCGAUUCAACUUGUCUAAUGAUGAAGCGUAUGAUUUGCUCAAGGAGAAUCAUCAGAGCAAGGUUCGUGCUACCCUCGGCAACAUUUCCGUGGAACAUAGUAUGCCGGCUAUCAAGUUGACCUGGCCAUACUACAAGGUCCGGCUGCCAGGGACGACGGAUGAGUACCAUCGUCCUCGUUUCCGUUACAAGAAAUUCUCGCAUCAUAGCAUUAAAUUCGACAAGCCCCAACAUCAGAAGCGCAAGAUGAUGAAGGGCAAGGCCCACGAGGUUUUCCUCAAGUCAAAGGAUUUGACUUUGGGUGAUAACUCUACUGCCGUCCUCUUUGAAUAUUGCGAGCCACGACCCCGCGUUUUAAACAAUUUCGGCAUGGGCACCAAACUCAUCAACUACUACCGCCGCAAGGACGAAAAAGAUGAAGAGCAGCUGCCUAAAUUAGAGCUCGGUGAAUACCGUACCCUACUGCCCGAGGAUCGUUCGCCCUUUUCGCUGUUUGGCACCGUGGAUGCCGGCGAGACUGUACCCACGCUUCACAAUGAAAUGUACCGCGCCCCAGUCUUCAAGCACACUCCGAGAACAAAUGACUUUUUGGUUGUGCGCAACACGACUGGCGUGGAUGGCUCACGCUGGUAUCUACACAAAAUCGACCACAUUCACGUGGUGGGACAGGCGUUCCCUUCAGUUGAAGUUCCGGGACCCCAUAGUAGAAAGGUCACGAAUGCUUCCAAGAACCGCAUGAAGAUGCUCGCAUUCCGCAUGAUACGACACAGUCGGACAGACAACUGUCAGCUGUCUGAAAUGACCCGACAUAUUGCGGAUUCGACCGAUACACAGAACCGUCAGAAGCUCAAGGAAUUCUUGCAGUAUGACAGAGACAGUGGAGAGAAGGGGAUGUGGCGCCUGAAGCCCGGCGAGGUGCUCCCCGACGAAAAUGCUAUUCGCGCCAUGAUCAAGCCAGAAGAUGUUAGCUUACUCGAUGCCAUGCAACUUGGCAUCAAGGAGCUCGAGGACGCCGGCUAUGAUCCUCGUAAUGCCACUAUUGAAGACGAAACCCAGGCACCCGAGGAUGUUGACGAAGAUGACGGGGAGGAUGACAGCAGCAAGAUUACCAAAGGCGCCGCCAAAAAGGCACAAGAAAAGCAAGAGGAAACACUUGCAGACAAGAUGGCGCCUUGGAAGACGACCAAAGCGUUUAUUGAUGCUUGCGCUCAAAAGGCCAUGCUUCAGCUCCAUGGCGAGGGUGACCCGACCGGACACGGACUGGGCUUCAGUUUUAUCCGCACGUCGAUGAAGGGAGGCUAUAUCGAGGCUGUCCAGGGACCUCUAGCAACCUCUGCAGACGCUAUCGAACGUGAGAAGCGGGCCAACGGCGGGCAUGCAUACAACGUCAAGAAGCAACAAGCCAUGUACGAGGAGGGCAUCCGGGAAAUUUGGGAGAAGCAAAAGACAACAUUGACAGAUGCAACACCACAUGAUGACAAUGACGUUCAGCCACAGGAGGACGAGGACGACCGAUUCAAUGUUCAGGCGGCAGCGACACCGGCGCCCUUUGACGACGGAAUCAGCCAGAUUAGCGGUUUGACUUCAUCCAGUCGUCAUCAAAAGCGGGCAAUUCGAAUCAAGCGUGACUACCGUCUCCCGGACGGAUCCAUCCAGACACGAACGGAAGUGGUGCAUGACCCGGUCGUCAUUUCGCAGUACCUGAAACGACGCACGGAGGCGGAAUUAGAGAUGAAAGACAUCUACAGCGUGCGUCCGACGGGCAAUGCCGACCAUGACCGUCUUGCAGGCAUUAGAAUCAAGAAAGAACUCGAACGAUUGGAGAAGAACAAGGCCCGACGACAAGCCCGAGAGCAGCAGAAAGAGCUGCAUCAGAAAGCAGCUGCCGGCGACGCAGCAUCACCUUCAACCGGAGGGGAUAAAAUCCCUACGGGCACUACUCGAAAGUGUGCCAAUUGUGGCCAGGUUGGACACAUCAAAACAAACAAAAAGUAUGGAAUUGACUUCCCCACCCCCACGCCCGCCUUUUGA